CGCGUGAACGCGCAGCGCUGUCGGACUCGCGCAGAGGAGGAGAGGGCGCGCGCAUGCUCGUGCACGAGGCGGAAUGAACGCUAAUGUGGAAGAUGGCGUCGGAGGGAGGUGGGAAGGAGUCGAACGAAAUUAAAACUCAGUUCAGCACACGGGAGGGCGUUUAUAAACUCCUGCCGAACUCCGAGUACAGCCGACCGAACCGCGUGUCGUUCAACUCGCAGGGCUCGAACCCGGUGAAAGUCUCGUUCGUGAACGUGAACGACCAAUCCGGUAACGGCGAGAGAAUCUGUUUCAAUGUGGGCCGGGAGCUUUACUUUUACAUUUAUAAAGGCGUCAGGAAGGCCGCUGACUUGAGCAAACCUGUAGACAAGCGGAUGUAUAAGGGAACACUUCCCACGUGUCACGACUCUAACGUGCUGACCGCCACAGCGGAGAGCGUCUCGCUGCUCGUGGGCUUCUCUACAGGGCAAGUACAGCUCAUUGACCCCAUCAAAAAGGAAACCAGCAAACUUUUUAAUGAAGAUAGACUAAUUGAGAAGUCCCUGGUGACGUGUUUAAAGUGGGUGCCGGGUUCAGAGCAACUGUUCCUGGUGUCUCACAGCAGCGGAUGUUUGUACCUGUACAAUGUGGAGCACACCUGUGGAACGACUCCGCCGCAUUACCAGCUCCUGAAGCAGGGCGAGAGCUACGCCGUUCACACCAACAAGAGCAAAUCGGCCCGCAAUCCUCUCCUCCGCUGGACGGUGGGCGAAGGCGCGGUCAACGAGUUUGCCUUCUCGCCCGACGGGAAGUUUCUGGCGUGCGCCGGUCAGGACGGCUUCCUGCGGGUGUUUUGCUUCGACACGGCAGAACUGCAAGGCAGCAUGAAGAGCUACUUCGGCGGGCUCCUGUGCGUUUGCUGGAGCCCCGACGGACGGUACAUAGUGACCGGUGGGGAAGACGACCUCGUGACGGUCUGGUCGUUUUCGGACUCCCGGGUUAUCGCUCGCGGACGAGGGCACAAGUCGUGGGUGAGCGUCGUGGCGUUCGAUCAUUGCAUCACUAGCGUUCAAGACUGCGAGGAAUUCUGCGCGAGCGACGAAGACUUCCAGGACCAGGUGCAAUUCAACGGAAGUCGCGAACGAGCAAAUAGCGCGCAAUCUAGACUAUCCAAUAGGAACUCUACGGAUGGACGCGGCGUUAGCGUGACGUACCGGUUUGGCUCGGUCGGUCAGGACACCCAGUUAUGCUUAUGGGACCUUACAGAAGACAUCCUGUUUCCGUUAUCCAGAACCAGGACUCUUACGAACGCAAUGAGCGGGGAAACCGGAACUAUUUCUAACGGAAACAAUAGCAUGAAUUCUCCUUUACCGCGGUCGAAUAGUUUGCCACACUCGUCAGGCAGCAGCCCGAGCGGCAAACCCGCCAACAGCAUCGUAGAAAGCGUCAACAAGUUCGCAACGUUAGCGUUGCACGAAAUGCGUAAGGAGCCGACUCAGGAAAAGGAGCACAAACGCAAUCACAGCAUAAGCUACAUCGGCAACAAGAGCAGCGACAAGCUCAACCAGAUCAUCGGCGCGCGAGCGGCUAAAACGCAGGCCGCUAAGACGCUGGGAACGAGCUGGUGUCCGCGCAUGGAGGAAAUCCCGCUGCUGGAGCCGCUGGUUUGUAAGAAAAUCUCCCAGGAGAGACUCACUGUGCUGAUCUUCCUCGAGGACUGUCUGGUCACCGCCUGUCAGGAGGGAUUCGUUUGCACCUGGGCACGACCUGGAAAAGCGGGCCUGUUGUUGUCCCAAAACCCAGCCAACUCUCCCGGCGGGACGGUCGUAUAACCGGAAUCCAAAAUCAGCAAAAAAUAUGUAUUUUGCAUAAACAAAUUAAGCCAUUAAAUUUUAUGCAUUAUUUUCAAUUAAACAUGUUUUCAGCCAAACUCUUUAAUUACUGUGAUGCAAUAUAUUGUGAAGUACGACCGAAAGUACCAUGAGUUUAAUUAAAAGCUGAAUAACUGGAUGGUUUUCACUACUGUAUUACGUGAAUGUUUUUCACGUUUCAAGAAGCUGUUGUCAUAAAUACAAUGAAAACGAAUGUUUAUUUGGGGGAAAUAUUUUGUCCUCGGCAGGUUUUGAGAAUCAUUUGCACUAAAUAAUUAGGAUCAUGUUUGGAGUCUCCCUGUAAAUGAAACUUGUGAGCAUUUAUUUUAAUGUUGUUUCAAAGGAAACCGAUUAUUGUACAAUGUGUAAAUAUUGUAAAUUACAGCUUUAUGACCGAAUAAUCACACAAAAUAGAAAACAGUUGUAUUUCUAAUGAAGAGGAGUAUAUAUAUGUAUAAAUUGAUCUUAAAUAA